AUGGGCGAUUUACCAGAAUCUCGAGUUAAUCUAGCCCCAGCAUUUAGCAAAGUUGGUACUGAUUUUUUUGAUCCAAUACUCAUUAAAGAAAAAAAGUUUCAAAAUCGUAAUAAAGUAAAGGCCUAUGGUUGUGUUUUUAUAUGCAUGAGCACAAAAGCGGUGCAUCUUGAAAUUAUUAAUGAUCUCACUACUGAGGGUUUUCUCGGAGCCCCAAAUGUUUAUACCAUACCUUCAGCAUUGAGUGGCACAAAAGAGAGUAAUAUUACAACGGCACCAGCAUUUUCUAUUUUGGGCCGACAGAAGAUAGUAAGUGAUGUCAAGGUAUUGGUGCCUGGGCCUGGUUCUUACGAGUCUGUUAAAUUUGAAGCAGUCCGCUCUCGAAGUCCUGCAUACAGCAUAAGUUCGCGGUAUCAGCUACCCAACAAUCACUCCCAGAUACCAGGACCUGGUGCCCACUAUCCGGAAAAGGUGGUUCUAAAUAUUCCUCCAUCACACACAUUUGGUAUAAGACACUCACCUCACAUAUGCAGCUUAAAAGAUGUUCUAUGCUAA